UUAAGCUGAGAAGCGGCUCGCGGGUUUUUACUAUCCCAGCGCGCGCAGAGAAGCAGCCGAACCUUUGUCCUGCUGGUUCCGACCCAACAUGGCCACCCCUCCUAAGCGGCUCCGUGGUUCUUCACGCAGACACCGGAAGGUCUCCAUCGAGGGGAACAUCGCUGCAGGGAAAUCUACCUUCGUCCGCCUGCUGCAGGCCUCCUCCUGCUCCUCGGACUGGGAGGUGAUCCCAGAACCGAUCGGGAAAUGGUGCAACGUCCAGAACAGUGAGGACAUCUACCAGGAGCUGAGUUCCUCGCAGAAGAGUGGAGGGAACCUCCUGCAGAUGUUGUACGACAAACCGAGCCGCUGGGCAUACACCUUCCAGAGCUACGCCUGCCUCAGCAGAGUUCGUUCUCAGCUUCAGUCUCCGUCAGCUAAACUACUCCAGGCAGAAAACCCGGUUCAGUUCUACGAGCGAUCCGUUUACUCAGACAGGUUGGUGUUUGCAUCCAGCCUGUUUGAGAGUGGCGACCUGCUGGAGACGGAGUGGAGCGUCUACCAGGACUGGCACAGCUGGCUGCUGAAGCAGUUCGAGGCCGACAUCGCACUGGACGGCAUCAUCUACCUCAGAGCCCCCCCAAAGCGCUGCAUGCAGCGGCUGCUGCACCGCGGCCGCGAGGAGGAGCAGGGCGUUCCUCUGGAGUACCUGGAGCAGCUUCACCUCAAACACGAGGCGUGGCUCUACCACAGGAACCUCAGGAUGGACUUUGAGUACCUCCAAGACCUUCCUGUCUUGGUUCUGGAUGUGGAUAAAGACUUCCAGAACGAUCCGAUCAAGCAGGAGGACAUCCUAGAAAAGGUCAAAGACUUCCUCACCCUGUUGUGAAGCUCUUCCAAUCAGAGCG